UCUCAGGAGGGAGGCUGGUGUGGCCGGGCAUUGCAGCCAGGCAGCGUGUGCUCAGUUUCAAUAUCAGCUUGCCCUUUGCUCCUCCCUGUGUGGCAGUUGACAUUCCUCUCUCCUCUUGGCAGAGGCAGUCAGGAGUGUGUGACAGAAGUUUCAGACUCUGAGGAGCUGGAAGUGCAACCUGGGGUGUGGCGGGCGGGUGGGCGGGCGGGCGGGCGGACUCCCUGCUCCUGAUGCCAGCCUCCCGGGGAACUUACCACACUGAUCAUCCCGGAGGAGUUGAAGUUUGCAGCCUGCUAUGGAGCUCUCCUGCUUCGGCAGCCACCUGGGCUGGGCUGCGUGUGUGCUGGUGCUGGCCCUGCUCCUCCGAGCCAGGAGACGGGGCGCCUGGCUCCCCCGCAUGUCUCCCACUGACCUGACGGGCAAGACAGCCAUUGUCACAGGAGCCAACUGCGGGAUCGGGAAAUACGUGGCCUUGGACCUGGCCUGCAGGAACGCCCGCACCAUCCUCGCCUGCCGCAGCAGAGAGCGGGGGCAGGCAGCAGUGGAGGAAAUCCAGAGGGCCACCGGGAACCCAAAUGUGCUUCUGAGGAUUGUGGACAUCAGCAACAUGGCCUCCGUCCGGCGCUUUGCCAAGCAGAUCCGGCAGGAGGAGAAGCGACUGGACAUCCUGGUCAAUAACGCCGGAGUCACAGGUUGGUGGCGUCGCGUAGGGAUGGGGACAGGCCUUCAGCAGAGUGUGCCCAGCCCCUGCCAGCAGAACCCCCCUGCCCUGUGCCACACGCCAGCCACCUCUGCCCAGCCCCUGCCAGCAAAACCCCACCUCCCCUGUGCCACACGCCAGCCACGUCUGCCCAGCCCCUGCCAGCAGAACCCCCCUCCCCUGUGCCACAUGCCAGCCACGUCUGCCCAGCCCCUGCCAGCAGAACCCCCCUGCCCUGUGCCCACAUGCCAGCCACGUCUGCCCAGCCCCUGCCUGCAGAACCUCCCUCCCCUGUACCACACGCCAGCCACGUCUGCCCAGCCCUGCCAGCAGAACCCCCCUCCCCUGUGCCACACGCCAGCCACGUCUGCCCAGCCCCUGCCUGCAGAACCCCCCUCCCCUGUGCCACACGCCAGCCACGUCUGCCCAGCCCCUGCCUGCAGAACCUCCCUCCCCUGUGCCACACGCCAGCCACGUCUGCCCAGCCCCUGCCUGCAGAACCCCCCUCCCCUGUGCCACACGGAAGCCAC